AUGUCUGAUCCAGAAACAUUGAUUCAACAAGCUGAUAAGAAAGCUGCUUCAAAACCAGGUUUUUUUGGUAGUAUUUUGGGAGGUAGUGCAACAGAAAAGCUAGAAGAAGCCAGUGACUUAUACGUUCAAGCUGCUAAUAUUUAUCGUUUAAGAAAGCAAGGUAAAAAAGCUGGUGAAUCAUUUGAGAAAGCCGCUGAUGCUCUUUACAAAGCUGGUAAUCAAGAUGAAGGUGCUCAAGUAUUAGUUGAUGCUUUCAAAUCAUAUAAAGUUGAAGAUCCUGCUAGUGCAGCUAAAGUACUAGAGAAAUCAAUUGAACAUUUCACAUUAAGAGGUCAAUUUCGUCGUGCGGCUAAUUAUAAAAUGGAUUUAGCUCAAAUAUAUGAAGAAGAAUUAUUUGAUAUUGAAAAAGCAUUAAGCAGUUAUCAAGACGCUGGUGACUGGUUUGAAAGUGAUUCAGCACAAGCUUUAGCUAACAAAGCAUUUUUAAAAGCUGCUGAUUUGAAUGCUUUAUCAGGUAAUUACAUUCCAGCUACUGAAAUAUAUAAAAAAAUUGUUAAAAAUGCAGCAAAUAAUAAUUUAUCAAGAUGGAGUCUUAAAGAUUAUUUCGUCAAGAUUGUUUUUUCAUAUUUAGCAGCUGAUGAUAGUGUUGCAGCCAAUAAAUAUAUUCAAGAAGCUUUGAAUAUAGAUUCAAGUUUCCAAACAACAAGAGAAUAUAAUUUAACAAAAGAUGUUUUAGAUUCUGUUAAUGAAGGGGAUCCUGAAAAAUUAUCAAAUACAUUAUAUGAAUAUGAUCAAUUUAGUAAAUUAGAUAAUUGGAAAACUAAAAUUUUACUAAAGAUUAAGAAUUCUAUCGUGGAAGCUGAUGAUGAUUUGUUAUGA